CAAAAACCCGGACCCCGCCAGACUCGCGCCCAAGGAGAGGCCACGCCCGGUCUCGCGAGAUUUUUUGCCCGCCCCAAAGGCUCACGGAAGGAAGUUGGGCACCGGAAGCGACAGUUGCCAUGGAGUCCGCGGAGGACUGGCUGGUGGAAUCCUUGCGCUUGUACCAGGAUUUCCAUGCAUUUGACCUCUCAGCAGCCACUCGAGUCCUGGAAUGGAUUGGUGACAAAGGAGUCUUUGUUGCUGGCUAUGAAAGCCUGAAAAAAAAUGAAAUUCUUCAUCUAAUGCUACCUCCUAGACUUUCUGUAAAGGAAAACCAGGGCUUAGUCCCAGAAAGAGAUUUCAAAGUGUGCCACGGGGGAUUCUCUGACAGAGCUGUCCUGGAGCUAAAGCACGUGCCGGACACCAGGUUGCUGGUGACUAGUGGCUUUCCAGGUUACCUGCAGGUGUGGCAGGUCGCAGAGGACAGCGAUGUCAUCAAAGCCAUCAGCACCGUCCCUGUACAAGAAGUGGGGAGUCUCUGGCCUAGGCUGGCUGUCUUCUCCUCAGUACCCAGAGUCCUUCACGGGGCGCGGCUCAGCAGCCUGCAGGCUGUGGAUCUGGAGUCGGGGGAGACCACGUACAGCUCAGGUGUCAGCGACAAUGAGGAGCUGAGCAGCCUGCAGGUCCUCGAUGGCCACACUGUUGCAUUUUGCUGUACCUCAGGCCGCCUGGGGCUGGUCGAUACCCGCCAACCAUGGGCACCUUUGGAGAACCCUGGCCAAGGUCCUGGCUCUGGUGGCCAGAGAUGGUGUGCGGAAGUGAGGGCUGCGGGCGAGGGCCCAGGGCCUUGCUUCUCCAGCCUGGGAGCAGAUGGGCAGCUCCGUCUCCUUGAUGUACGAGAUCUCCGCCACCCUGUGAGCUCGGUCCAGUGUGCAGUGUCUGCACCAAGCCCCAACCCAGAGCUGUUGAGAGUGACGUGGGCCCCACGCCUGGACAACUGCCUGGCUAUCUCAGGCUUUGAUGGGACAGUCCAGAUCUACGAUGUCACAUCUUGGGAGGGAACGAGGAGCCAAGUGGAGCCACUCUUCACCCACAGAGGUCACAUCUUCCUAGAGGAAGACGUGGACACUGCUCCACUGGUCACCACCCACACCUGGCACCCCUCCAAACCCAAGACUUUGUUAUCAGCAGCCAGCGACGCCUCUGUACAUGUGUGGGACUGGGUGGAUCCUCGUGCCACCUGCUGACACUAGACCUUGGGAGAGGAGUACAGAAUCGCAGGGCCACAGUUGUGGGUCACUGCUGCCAGCUGUGUGGCCUUGGGCAAGUAAGCCAGCCUCUCUCAGCCUGUUUUCCUGUCUGUACAGUGGAGGUAUUAAUGGAGCCAGUCAUGGUGGUUCAUGCCUGUAAUCCUAGCAUUUUGGAGGCUGAGGCAGGAAGAUUGCUGUGAGUUCAAGACCAGCCUGGGCUACAAAAUGAGUUCAAGGCCAGCCUGAACUGCACAGUGAGUUCCUGUCUCAAGAAAAACAAAUCAAUGAAGGUAGUAAUGACUUCCAGGGUUGUUGAGAAGAUGAGGAAUAAUAGAUUAAAGAAUGAUCGGGCCAAGUGGGGUUGGCCAUACCUGUAAUCCAGGCCACUCAGGAGGUUUAGGCCAGCCUGGGCACCGUAGUUAUUUAGCAAGACCUUGCCUCUAGGUUAAAUAAGUAAAGGGCUGGAGCUGGAGCUCAGUGGGAAGGCUGUAAGAACUGCCACAAGAGAGAGCGUUGUCAGGAGCUACUGUUAGAUCUGGGAGCCCUGGGCUCCCGCCCGCUGUACACUGGCAGUGUUUGGUCUCUGUCUUCUUCACAGUAUUACAGUGAUAGUCAGAAGAGGUCAGAACUAUAAAUGUGUUCCUCAAACGUUUUUACAGAAGAAAAAAUGUACAGGGGCCAAUAAACCUGACAAAAUAUCAACCCCGGUUGCAAUUAAGCAAGGAGCAGUAGUAAAGUCUGCCAGUGUGCCUCUCGGAGUGCCAGUGUGGUGCCUGUCACUCUCCACACCUGGCAGAACUUCCGUGAGGCCUGGUGCCAAGGGGCAGCAGUCUCUUCUAGCUAUAAGCUGGACCUGGUUCACUUGGACUAGAAGGCAGAUAACCAAGGCCCUGCUAAAUGACAACUAAAUUUUCCUAAUGUUGGUGGGCAUCGCUACAUACAAGCUUGUAAUCCCAGCGCUUGGGAGGCUGAGGCAGGAAGAUGAAUUUGAGACCAACCUGGGAAUUUUAACCAGUUCAAGUGAAGACAGUGAGACCCUGUCUCAAAAAAACAAAAAAGCCAGGCAUGGUGAUGCACGCUUCCCAGCACUUGGGAGUCCGAGGUACAAAGGCCACUGUGAUUUCAAGACCAGCCUGGGUUACAUAGUAAUUUCCAGGCCAGUCUGAACUACAAAGCCAUACCAUUUCAAAAAGAAUUUUAAAAAAAGGAACAGGAAAAAAAAUCCAUCUUGUGCAGUUACCAGUGACGCAAUGAGCAGCUUUUGUAUACGUGAGCAAUGUCUGCAUGAUGUUUCUAAAAAUAAAAUCACUGAGGCAGUUCAUGUGUGCAGUUUUGGUUUGAUAAACACUGCCAAGGUGCCCCCCAUACUGUGCCAGCUUCUGUUCCCAUUUGGUAAAGGGCCAGCCUCUGUCCCUGCCUCUCAUCGGCAGCCUUUGCCUGGCUGGUAAACACAGAUGGUUGCCGUAGCUUUAAGUUUACAUUUCUCUCACAUAUGAGGUUGAGACUCUUUGUAUAUUUGUAUAUUUAAGUCUGGGGGCACAUAUUGCUAAAGAGGUUAAUGGGAGGACGGGAGCCAGCCUAGGAGCUCGGGCAGAGCUCGUGGCCUCUGUCUCCUGGAGGGUAGAAGCCUGAGGGACAUCUUCAGAACUUCAUAUGCAUUUCCCUCUGCAGCGGCCGGAGCAGUAGUUAAAGGGUGUGUGCAUCUUGCUGCCAUGUGCAGUCCCUCACUGUAGCGUUUAUUAAAGGGUUCUAAGGAAUUCUGCUUUUGAAAUUACUUGAUUACUAGUCCACAACAACAUUAGUGGGUGUGGAUGUUUGUUUAUUCAUUCACUUAUUUGACACUGGAGAGUGAACCCAGGGCCUUCACACCGCUGUGCACCCAACCUUUUCUUUUUCUUCUUUUUUGAGACAAAUUCUAAGUUGCUGUUACAGCUUGUGUCUAGAAGUUCCCCAAAGCCUCAUGUGGUCAAAGGGCUUUUUCAGAGAUGGCUGAAUCUAGAUUGUGAUGCUGGGAUUAAGGGUGGGUGAUUACUAAAUCAGUCCACUGAUUGGUUGGCCACUGCCCUCGGUCCAGUAGCCUAGAUGAGUAUAAAAGGGGUAGAAAGAAGCUGCUACGGUCCCUUGCUUGCUUUUCCACCUUCUGCCUACCAUGGACUAUUUGUCUGCCACGCCACUCUGCCUUGGAGACAGCUGACAAUAGACUGAAACCUCUACAAACUGUGAGCUCAAUAAACCUUUCCUCCUUUAA